CUGGCCCAGGCGACAGAGGGACGUCCCUCUUCUGCUUCUCCAAGAUGGCGGCCGCGGGCGGCGCGGCGGGAAGCGGCGGUGCGGAGUGAGGCGGCCACGGUGUCUCCUCACCCUGCGGCUCGGCGCCGGCGGACCCUGUCACCGCUGGGCAGCCGGGGUACGCCCGAGUCCGCUGCAGAGGCGGAGCCGCGGGCUGGAGCGAGGCCGGAACCCGCUGAGGCCUUUUCCUGUAGAUGGGAACAGGGCACGGAGCCCAGACGUGGCAACGCAUUCUCAGGCUCCUGCAGGACCACCAUGGCUUAUGAUGACUCCAAGAAGAAAGAAGAGUUCCUAGAGAGCGAUCGAAGUGUUGAUGACGUGGGGCUGGCAACUGGCAGGAUACAGCGAGAGAAAAAGCGCUCUUACAAGGAUCUGCUGCAAGAGGGAGACGAGGCAGCGACUCAGGACAGUGACCUUUUUCCAGGGACAGAGCCUCACAAAAAGAAGAGAAAGCACUCCUCCGAUGAGUUCUGCUACAGAGGUGUUUCACCUUUGGAUAUACCAUCAAAGAAGAAGAAAAAAAACGUUUCUAGCCCAUCCUCAGCUGACACAACCAUGGAUUUACUCAAGACUGCCACCUCACCUUUGUCCACAAGCUCAAAGUCUUCAAAGAAAACCUCUGAGAAAUCAUCUUAUUCUUCCUCUGGCCAUUCCGAAAGCAAAAAGGAGCACCACAAGAAGAAGCUGAGUGGGAGCAGUGGGGAGCACUCAGUGGACGAUGGCAGCUUCCACAAAUCUAAAAAAAUGAAGCCUCUCUACGUGAACACAGAGACACUCACUCUUCGUGAACCUGAUGGCUUGAAGAUGAAGCUCAUCCUUUCACCAAAAGAGAAAAGUAGUGCAGCAGAUGAUGACUCUUUUUCCUAUUCUUCAGCACCAGCAGCUGCAAAGAAAUCUUCAAAGAAAUCAAGUCGAGAUGAGCAAGGCUCGUUCCUUAUGGGUCAUGAACUGCAGAGCUUCCUGAAGUCAUCCCGGAAGAAGCACAAACCACAUCCGGAAACACAUCCACCUUCUGAGGGUUUUGGUGCUGACACCUCCCUUUACUCAGAGGGUCAUGGGAGUGAAUAUGAGGCUUCAGGUAUGGAGGCACCACCAGAAUCUGGUUCCUCAUCUGGUGGGGAGUUGGAGGCUGGAGAGCUAGUGAUAGAUGACUCCUACCGGGAAAUCAAGAAGAAGAAGAAGUCAAAAAAAAGUAAGAAGAAAAAGGACAAGGAGAAACACAGAGAAAAGAAGCACUCUAAGUCUAAAAGAAGUUCUGGACAUGCUCCUGUAGCAGAAGCAACGGUGUCACCACCACCACCACCUCCCAGUACCCACUAUGUUCUUCCUCCACCUCCUCCUGCAGUUUUUCAUUCAGAUGGUCAAAGUGAGAAGAGAAGGAAGAAGGAAGACAAGGAGAAGGACAGAUCUGAGAAAUGGGAAAAGGACAGGGAAAAGGAAAAGGAAAGAGAAAAAGAAAAAGACAGAGAAAAAGAAAGAGAACGAGAGAAGGAAAGAGAAAGGGAAAAGGAAAGAGAAAAAGAAAAGGAAAGAGAAAGGGAAAAGGAAAGAGAAAGAGAAAGGGAAAAGGAAAGAGAAAAAGAAAAGGAAAGAGAAAAGGAAAAAGAAAAGGAAAGAGAAAGAGAAAAAGAAAAGGAAAGAGAAAAACCAAAGAAGAAAAAUAUGUCUGCCUACCAAGUGUUCUGUAAGGAAUAUCGUACAACUAUUGUGUCUGAGCACCCUGGAAUAGAUUUUGGAGAGCUAAGUAAAAAACUGGCAGAGGUGUGGAAGCAGCUACCUGAGAAGGAUAAACUGAUCUGGAAACAGAAAGCUCAGUAUCUCCAACACAAGCAGAAUAAAGCAGAGGCCACCACUGUGAAGAGAAAGGCAUCAACUUCAGAUGGUGCGCCAAAAAUUAAAGCUUCUCCGACAGGAGUGGUUUCCCCUCAUAAAAAAUCCCCCACCAGCACCGUGGUGGUGUCCUCGUCACCAGCCAAAGUCCCUGAGACAGAUCCUAUUGAUGUAGCUGCACACUUACAGCUCUUGGGUGAAUCUCUGAGCCUCAUUGGACACAGACUGCAGGAAACAGAGGGAAUGGUGGCUGUUUCAGGAAGUUUGUCAGUACUUCUAGAUUCAAUCGUCUGUGCUUUGGGCCCGUUAGCGUGUCUGACCACACAACUACCUGAAUUGAAUGGCUGCCCCAAGCAUGUUUUGUCAAACACACUAGACAACAUUGCCUACAUCAUGCCUGGACUUUGAUGGGAGAGGAUCCUGGGACGUACUCAGCCUCUGCGUAACUGACUUGCGUAUACAUGUACUACACCGGCACUCCAAAAGGGCUCCGUGUGUAGGGUUUUAAAGUUUUAUAUCUGUAUAGUAUAUAUGUAGGAUUGUAACUAUUUCACUUCUAUUUUAUGAAAAGUUGUGAAGUUAAGCUGAGAAAACCCUUUUGUGUUGGUUAGUGAAAUGUCCUCCAAUCUGAGAGUAUUUUGAAUGAACAAUUCAGAAAGCUCUUGAGAUACUCGCCUUAAGUUUAGAUCCUUUAGUGGGGGAAGCAGCCAGAGAAUGGACUUUUCAAUAUAAAGAAAAAAAAUAAAUGUCACCGUGAGAGCAGUCAUUGAAACAGGUGGCCCAGAGUGGCUGUUGACUCUCCAUCCUUGAUAAUAUUCAAAAACCGAAUGAGCAGCCUGCUCUAUUUGGGCUUUCUUUAAGCAGGGAGAUGGAGCAGAUGAGCUCCCGAUAUCCCUUCCAACCUAAACUAUUCUGAUAUUCUAUGUGCAGGUAGAGAUUAUAAUAUAUUUUGGACCAAGGAAUAGUAUUGAACUCUUCACCAGCCCUAUUUCUAACUGUUUUUCAGUUUAAAAUCUGCUGCUUGAGGGGAAAGCUGAAUAGCUGAUCAAAAGAUACAGAGGUCUUUACCUCUUGGUCACUUCUUCUGACCACCCCUCUUCAGUCAGUAACAAAUUUGUUGGCGUCAGCUGGCUGGUCUGGUAGCUGGCAUUUGAAGUAAAGUGGAAGAUGACAACUAAUUUAAUCUUUUCUGGUGGACUUGCACCCAAAUUGUCUUUAGGACAAUCUAUCAACCAACUGCAUUGGCUUGAGAGGAUGAACCUCCUGCUGGUUUUUCCAGGGCAUGGUCAGCCUGCUUUGAUGGAGAGGAGCAUGGAAGCAGAUUGGGAAAAGUUUGGGAUUGCUUCUGCCCAUCUUGCUGCUGUUUUGUGAACAGACAGCUUUGUUUUCUGAGGUGGCUGAUCCCCCAUCCCUUUCACCAGCAGUACUGAAAGAGCUGUGGUGCUGCUGCGAGCAGUGACUGAUGACCAGUUUGAAGCAGUUACGGCUGGGUAAGGCACACGUGGGUUGAUGGAACCGAUUCCCCUUCCAGACACAUACUUGGUGUUUGGUUUUCUACUGCUCUAGAAGAGGAGCCACAGGAGAGCACUUGGUUCUCAUAGGGGCUUUUGUCUGUCUGUAUGUACGUGUACGUGGUGUUCAUAUCAUAUGUAUUUAACUUUUACAGAUAUCUGUAACAGAUUUUAAUUUAUCCUGUAUAUUUCUCUCUCUGUGUGUAUAUAUAUAUACAUAUUUUAAAAGCAAAAAUCCCUCCCUUCACCAACAGUGCGUGGAAAAUAUGAAUCAAGUUUGCUUCACCCCACUUCCUGCAGGAAUCAGCUAGCUCUGUGUGUCAUAGUAUGAUGUUGUAUGGGGAAACACCAGGAAGAUUUUAAGUGUUUGUAGAAGCAGGCUAUCUUAUGAAGGCAGCUAGAACAACUGAACUACAAUGUGGCUCUAGCCUUUCCAGCCUUAUAAAAGUUUUAAAAUGACAGAAGAGCACUUAGUUACAUCAAAUCUGAAGUGUAGCUUCUGUUUUUCAGGGCAGCUGAAAGCGAACUGUCCCUCAUUGUGGCUGGGCCCCAGAUCAUAUUUAAAUUAAAUCCUCAGUUGUGUGGGAGGGUUUUUCUCCCCGUUCCUCUUUACCGUGUAUUCCCCAGCUGUGCCUAUACAAGGUAGAUGAUCUCUUACAGAGCUUUUCUCAGUGCACUGUUAGAUUUUCUCAGACAGUGGAGGAGGCAGAAGGUUCUCAGACCACCUCACAAGUUCUCAACGCAAGCCUCAUACCUGAGUGUACAUGUUUUAACAACAUAUGACUAAUCCCAGUGAGCCUGGAAUUGGGAAGGGCCCUGGAGGGCUGCAGCCUGAUCCCACUUCGGGUCCUGGCGCGUACUAAAGCAUCUGCUCUCGGGAGCGGCACAAAAUACCUGGAUCUUUCCAGCCCCUUGCAGUUGAGAGCAUUGUGGUGCAGGGGUAGAUCUGCUUGCGAAGGAGCAGAAGGGGAUCAGCUUUACCUUUGUCAUCUCUACAAUGGAAAACUCUUGAAGAGUUUGAAAAACAACCCUGGUGUAUUGUAUUUUUAUUUAAAAUUUGUACACUUUGUAUAAUCUGUAUCUUGUGGCAUUUGGUGCUAGAGGGAAGACUUUGGCAAGACUUAGCCGUUUUUGUAUUUUUGUUAUUUCCUUGCUGUUUGAUCCAGAUUACGUUAGACUUAUACACAGAAACUUUUUUGUACUGUACUUACAAUAUAAGAUUUUUUUAA